CUCACCCUGUCCCCCCAGGUGCGCAGCGCCGUGGCGGUGGGCACCCCGGAUUACCUCUCCCCCGAGAUGCUUCGCGCCCUGGAGACGCCGGGGGGCUCUUAUGGCCGCGAGGUGGACUGGUGGGCUUUGGGGGUUUUGGGUUACGAGAUGUUUUAUGGCCGCGCCCCCUUCUACGCCCCCAGCCUGGCUCAGACCUACGCCAACAUCCUCAGCUUCCAGGAUCACCUGUCGUUCCCCCCCGAAUCCGGGGGGGUCCCGGUGCCCCCCGCCGCCCGCUCCCUUUUAGGAUCGCUGCUGUGCGAACGGGAUCGGCGUUUGGGACGGGGUGGGGAGCGGGAUUUUUGGGAUCAGCCCCUGUUUGAGGGACUGCAAUGGGAUCGGCUGAGACAACAGGAAGCUCCCUUCGCCCCUAUAUCUUAUGGGGCCGCCGACACCUCCAACUUCGACCUGCCCGAGGGGGGCAGUGGGGCCACGGUGAGGGAUUUGGGGUCAGCGGGGUCG